UAUCCUUGUAAAUUUUUUCUCUGUAUAUGAGUUAUUUCUCUUGGUCAAAUUUUCUCCAUAAUAUUUUAAGAGAAGUUAAAUGUUUAUCAAGAGUUGUUAAUUCAUGUUGAGGCUGUGCUAGAUAGAAGUUGUAGUUUAUCUUCUACAAAACCUAAUUAUAUCGAUGAUGAUGAAGAACGACUUAUGAUGUAUAUCAUGAAUAAGGCAAAAGAAGAAUCAGGUGGAACUAAUGAUAGUAGAUUGAACUUAAAGACGACUAGUACACCACCAUCAAGUUCAAGGCAGUGGGGAGCCUCUAAAAACCCAAGAAUUGUACGUGUAUCGCGUACUUUUGGAGGGAAAGAUAGGCAUAGCAAGGUGUGCACCGUAAGGGGGCUUAGAGAUAGAAGAAUUCGGCUUUCAGUUCCCACAGCAAUUCAAUUGUAUGAUCUCCAAGACAGGCUUGGACUCAGCCAACCUAGUAAAGUUGUAGAUUGGUUACUCGAAGCAACUAAACAAGAUAUCGAUACUCUUCCACCACUUCCAGUACCACCAGAAUACUUUACUAGGUUUCAACAACCACCCCAGGAGGACUACUCUAACGUUCAUGAUGUCCAACAACUUCGUUCUCACUUGUUCAAUGUGAAUUCACCUUAUUUUAACCAUGGAGAUCAAUCAGGGAAAAACAAAUCAAUUGCUUCAAAUGAGGAACCACAUCAUCAAGAGGAUAAUAUUUUUCCAUUUGGCAAUAUUCGAUCAUCUAAUUUACCAGGCAUGUCUUUCAAUUCUUGUAACUAUCAACAAUGGGAGCCUAAUUCGAAUUUGUCUUUAGGUCAUUUUGGACAUAAUUCAUUUUCAUCCCAAAUAGAUGAAUCUUUUCAUGAUCAAAAUGGUAAUUUUCCUCUAUCGUUGGGAUUAUCUUCGCCUUUUCCCUCGGGUUCUCAAUUGUAUUUCAAUCCAAUAACUACAACAUUUCAACCUAUAGUUCCAUCUCCUCAUAUGACAAAUUAUCUCAUUGAGAGUACUCAUGAUCCGAGGGCGCGUAUGAACCAUUUCAAUUUCUUAACCUCAAGUACUUCACACAAUAAUCCACUUGUGAUGCCAAGUACUCUUAAUUUGAUCAGUUCCCAAAUGAAACCCUUCAGUCUCAAUGAUGAUCCCAGAUGGAUUGAUUCAAGAGACGAUGAUGAUGAUGAUAACCAACCACAUGAAGGUCGCACCAACAAAUUCUUGAAUUAUAAUUGGAUCGAUCAGAAGAAAUUGUAGUAUGUAGUACUGAGGAGUGUCGAGGCUAAGUACUCCAAAAUGUUGGAGGAGGAGGAACACUUUCAAAUUACUCGAAUUCUGAUAUUGUUGAAGACAAGUGGAGGAAAUGAAUCUUCUUUAAUUCAAAUCUUUUGAAUUAAAGUUGUCCUGGAUUGUUGUCAUGAGCAAACAUAAUCAUGCUACAUUCCUUCUUCACAGGUACAACAAAGUAUAGUGAAUUAUUCGAUUUCUUGUACCAUAUUGGUUUAUAAAGUUUUAUCUCUAUUCUGAAAUACAUAAUUUCAAACUAUAUUACCACUGCGUGGUAUAAAUUAAAUGAUGAGCAUUAUA